UUUCUACAUCAAACCCCAUACUCAUUUGUGCCCACUCCUCUAUCUUCUUCCCUCUCAAACAACAAGAAAAUAUAUCAUAUAUGUCUUUUCAUUAGGCCCUACAAUCUCCCCCUCCUCCCUCAACACUAUUUCCUCUUCAAAAGCCCUCGCCUUGCGCUUCUUGUUCUCCCGCCUCACAGAUCUUUGGCUAAAAAACUCUUGAAACAAUCCAUGUUCUUCUCUUCGAACCACGCUCACUCCUCCUCCAACUUUAACCAGCAUGAAGAACAAGGGCUCGAGGACCAAAGCCAUGAAACGGAAACCAUGUUCGAGAAGCCCUUGACCCCGAGCGAUGUGGGAAAGCUCAACAGGCUCGUCAUACCCAAACAGCAUGCGGAGAAGUACUUCCCUCUCGGCGGUGAGUCCAGCGACAAAGGGUUGCAGCUGAGCUUCGAGGACGAGUUGGGAAAGUGUUGGCGUUUCCGUUACUCGUAUUGGAACAGCAGCCAAAGCUACGUGUUGACCAAAGGGUGGAGCCGAUACGUUAAAGAGAAGCAGCUUGACGCCGGUGACAUUAUUUUGUUCCAAAGACACCGAUCGGAUGGCGAUAGGUUCUUUAUAGGUUGUAGGAGGCGCAGUGCAGCCUCGACUGAUGGCGGAAACACUGUGACUGGCUCUGGAGGCGGUGGCGAUGAAGGGUGGUGUAGCAGUAGGGGAUCGUAUCAAGGACAUCCUUAUCUUAGCCACAUUCAAGGCCAUGAUGCUGAUCUGCCAUACCGACCAGACUGCCUUCAUGCAGAAAACUUUGCUGAAAACGAAGGUGUAGCAGCUGGGAACCCGAGGAGGCUGGUGCGGCUGUUCGGGGUAGACCUAGAGUGCCAGCUCGAUGAGUUGGAGCCAUCGACGCCGGGAAACAGCUCGUCGGUGUCGAGCCAGCAGGGUCCAUCCACCCACCAGUUUUAUAACUCUCAGUCGUACCCUUCAAACCACAUGGUAAGAUUCAUGCAUCCUGAUGUUUCAUCAUCCUAAUCCAAUGAUAAAAAAACUAAUUAAAAUAGAAAGUAUUGGGAUUCUGCCUGUUGUUUGUUU